AUGAGUUAUCUCGCUCAAGAUGGGAAUCCACUUACGGAUUCGGAAAAAUCUAUGAGAGAACUCUCGCAGAAUUCUAUUACAGAGUAUCUAACAACAAAUAAGCCUAUCUCAUCGAUAAUUACUGAACAAUCAUCAGUUUUAUGCGAUAUGAUAGCUAACUAUUCAGAAUUUAUUCAUAAUUACAAAGAUAUCCUAUAUUAUAAUCACAGCUUCGCUAAAACGCAAAUGGAUUCUUUCUUUGCAAAAUUUGAUGAAAUUGAUAACUUAAUUACAAAGUUGAAAGCAAAAGAAAUAACCUCUAAUGAGUUGAUUCAAUAUUACAGAGACAAUGUAACCGAAAUUACUCGUGUUUCUUCGCAUUUUAACGCAGAAAAUCUCGCUGAGUACUUUUUCGGCAAAAACGAAGUAAUCAAUAUCAUGAAAACAAGUCAAUCGAUCGAUGAAAAAUCACUUAAGCAGUACUUAGACAAAAGGAAAGAAUGUAAGCAAGUUAUUCGUACUUUAAUCAACCAAAGACAGAUUUCUGAUGUUGAUAAACUCAUAAACAACCUCGGACAAAUGCAUGACAUCGCUGUUGUCUUCUUACAAUCAACAGAAAAUUAUUCCGAUGAAAUCAAAGAGAAAAUCGAGCUUAUUUUCAACGACAUGAUACGUAAAACAAUUCAAGUCCGUGCUUUCUUCAUACUAGAAGCCUUUUCGGUCGAACUUGCAAACGAGAUCAUUGGAUCUCCAGCAGAAUCCAUUGUCAAAAUCAAACAGCAAGUAGAGAUACCGGAAACUAUUCUCGCGAUCUUCCAAAAUGCUCAUACGAACGAGGAAGUACAGACCAUUUCCGAGGAGUUUCGAAAAAAUUCAAAAUAUACAAUGACAUAUCGUAUACUCGACAUCUACUUUGAGAUGCUCAGAUUGGCCAAUUUCUCCAACAGAAUCGAAAUACUACUUACAAAUCGUAUUACUUCCUCAGAAAUGAGAGAAUAUUACAGUAACUUGUCUUCUUUCAUUGUUUCGUACUUCGAUCCGAAGAAUUCGACCGUAAACUCCGCCCAAAUACGCCAAAACCAGGCUCAAAUCAAGUCCCUGAUCAAGUCUACAGAUACAAUCAAUUUUGGAUCGCAUACAACCAAAGCAUUUGCACACAGAGACCUUAUCCAUGCAUGCCUUGAGAAGAUAGACCUAUUAUACGAGUCAUUGGACCAUGCUUUUGACUUCAUUUCCCAACUUAAUAAAUUAUUAACCGAGCCACUUAAAACAACGCUUCCAAUUGUAAUGAAUCCUAUCAUUACAUCACUUGCACAUGCUAAUUUCGGCCAACUCAACAUGGAAAACAUUGAUAAGAACACAUCAGACUUAUUAAACACUAUUUUGACGAGAUUACCAUCAGAAGGUGUUGUAGAUGAAGUUGGAGAUGGAUACCAUAUCACUGAGAAGGACUUAAUCGUGCCAGAUCUCUAUAAAGAGUUCACUUUUCUUUUGGAAGAAAUGAGAAAACCAGAUUUUACGAAAAUUUUCUCAAACAACUUCUAUUUCAACUUGAAUGCCAUAUUGAGGAGUCCCAGUUCUUUAUCAGUAUUCCGUAAAUGCCUACACGAAUGCUCCAGAAUCGUUUUAAGUUGCGAAUUCUUCGGAGAAAACCAACCAAGAAAAAUUUACGAAUCAUUAAAUAUGAUUUCCAACGCUUACAACUGGAUUUCCGUUCUAGAUUUCUGCGGAGUGAUAGAUUACACUGCUGCCAUGCACCUCAUGUACAUAAGAACAUACUCACACAUCUGUUUCAAGGAAGAUUUGAUGUCAAACGCAAAAUUAUUUGAUAAAAUUGAAAAAUUCCAAAAAGUAACAGAAAAAAUUUCGGAAUUUCAUCAAUUUUUCGACAACGAAGAAUUCAAAUCAAUUCUGCAGUUGUCAUUCGAUAAUACUUUGAAAAUUAUCGAUUAUUUAUUUAACCUUAAAAACAAAAGUGACAUCAAAGAUUUUUCUACCAUUUUAGAUUGGAUAUUAUGUUCAAAUCUCGGCCAGGUCAAGUGUAUAGACAUUUCCUCAAUAUAUCUCAAAGAUUUUGAUAAUUUGAAGUCUUCUAUCGAGAGAAUGAACAAAAGAUCUGAAGAAGAAGAAAGAAUGGCAAAAAGUGUCAAAUAUUUAAGAAAUUUCUUUGAUUUCGAUUUAGAAAAGAACAAAGUGACAUUGGAUAAAACUCUUGAGAACCUCAAUAAGUUCUUGAAGCCCUUGAAACAUGAGUUGGGUUUAAUUCAAACAGAUUUUGAGGAAAUUAAAAUUGAAGAAUUUGAUUCGUUCAGAAAUAGCUUUGUUUUCAAAUCUGAACAGAUCUUUGAUGAUAUGAAUGUCCAGAUCCGCCAAAUCUUGGGAAAUGUUAAAGAAAACGGUCAAGAUUUGAAUAAAUUAUUCGAUCAACUCGUAAGAGGUGGAUUUUCACUGGAUGUGUUACAUAACAUAUGCAUAGAAGUAUGUAACCUAUCGAUUGACCACCCCGACGUUGAUUUCGGACAAAUCAAAAAAGAUAUAUCAAAUUCAAUACUUUGUUUCUUGUUCCUUGGCCUCAUUAACUUGAUAUCGACCAACAUAAACACGUUGGAGAGGAAAUCAUCAACAUUGAAAGCGUUUAAUUACAAACAAUUCAUGGAUUUCUUCUGUUCAGAGAUGCUUUACAUGAAUACAUGUGGUGUCUUUGGAGAUAACAACGUUGUUGCUCAUGAAAUCAUUUCUAUCAAGAGAUUUCUGAAUGAUGAAAUUAAUUUCAACAUGAAUGACGAAGAUUUCGACAAAGUUAAGGUCUCUUUCCUCAAUAUCAUUGAUAUUCUUAACAGAACUGAUCCUUCCUUCUUCAUCAAAAAAUCAAAAACUAUUUUAUCGACAGCGGUGUCAUUAGUUCUUGAAGAAGAUGAAAAGAAUGGAGAGUUGAUACAGAAAUUCGAUGAAUUGGCCAAUCCUGAGACAUUUGACAAAGAAAAAUUCAUAAAUUUGUCAAAUCUUUUGAAAGAAAAGUUGAAAUCACAGAAUGUUUAUCCAUUCUAUGUCCAAAUCAUAUCCACUCUGAACACGUUCAUGAUUUACCAGAACAUUUCAUCAGAUGUCAACAGUUUCUUGUCAACUUUCACUUUGAGCUUCAAUUUCGUACCUCUUUCAUCUCCUUUUGUAAUAAUCCCUGAUUAUUUGGUUCUCUCUCGCUCUGUCCGUCCUCCGACACUUCCUAUGCAGUCUGCAAUUGAGUAUUCCAAUGAUGAUUACAUCAAUUUCUGCAUUUCUUCUCAAAAAAGUGUCGUUGAAAAGAUUUUGGAUGAAAAUUACGAGAUUUCGCAAUCAGAUAUCAGUGCACCGAAAGAAUUGCUUUCUCUGGAUAUCCAGAAUGACAUCGCACAGGCUUUGAUUGAAGAGAAAUCUCUCCAAAAUCUUAGUCAAAAUAAUUUGUCAAAUGAUGAAAAAAGAGACAUUCCAAAUUCGACUUCACUUCACGAAUUACAACAAUUACAGAACAGUGUAUUACAGCAAGAGCGUAGACAGACAAAUCUUCGUAAGCAAUUACGUGAAAACAUCACGAAAUGGCAUCAAGAUUUGCAACAACUAAGUAAAAAAUACGAAGAAACUGUUGAUGAAGUGAGUGAAUUAAGGAGUGAUUGCAUGGAAUUCUGCGGACUUGAAGCACGUCAGAAAGUUGUUUCAGAACGUGUUGAACGCAAGAAGAAUCUAUUGCAAGAACUCAAGAAAGAACUGGAAAGUCUCAGAGUCGGAGAAGAGAUUUCUCUUCAUUUGGGACAAGAAUUCAGAGGAAGACAAGAAUCAAUUGAAGAAAUGAGCAAGAAAUACACAAUAAGUACAGAGAACUUGAGAGAAGAGAUGACAAGACACUUGAAUUCAUUAAGUCCAUACGAAAUUCCUGAAGAAAAGAAGAAGAAUGAAGAAAACUUCGUUCAAGAAACAAAUGAUUCUUCUCAAACAACAGUUAUUCCAUCAAUGAAACAAUCAAGGUUGCCUCCAAUUAUUGCAAAGUAUUGCCACACUCCUGGCUUGUUCCCGUCAAGUACAAGAGAGGCUGUUGAAGCUCAUGUCGACGAGUUAUUACGUGUUGGAGAUUCAAGAGAAAUGGUCAAGAAAUUCUCUGAAGUAAAUACUAAUAACAUCGCUGACAAAAUGAAGAGAAAUACAAGAAUUGCAACAGCAAAUAUCAUUGAGAAACAAGCAGAUUUGUCUAGAAGAAUCGCAAUACUUAAUGAAAUAUUAAAUGAAGGCGACAAUUGA